AUGAGCGUGGCCUCGUCGCGCUCCGCGGCGGCGACCGGCCUGACGACGUCGGCGAGCGACGUGCAGACGCGGAAGACGCAGGUGAGCGGCUCGCAGGAGACCUUCGAGCGCCUCAUGCGCCUCAGUGAGCAGUCGCGCACGGACACGGUGGUGGACGGGGCGCGAUCGAGCCAGAGCAGCCCCGCACCAACUUCGCAGAGCAAGGGGCCCCGCAGGAACACCACGAAGAUGAAGGCCCUGAGGUUUCCCAGCACGAGCCCCCUGACCCUCGAGUUUCUCCAGUGGGCCAACUCGCACUGGGACCUGAUCGAGAUGCUUUUCAAGCAGGGGGCCGGGAAGCCGCUCCGGACCCUCGACGAGCAGGAGUGGUGCGAGGGCAUCCGGAGCUGCGGUUUCCGCGGGGACGCCCGGGACGCCUUCCGCGUCAUCGCCUUGGAUUUCGGCGACGAGAGCUCGGAGGACAGCGCGCACGUCACCCUUGAGGCGCUGAGGAAGUUCGAGUCACCGGCCGCUCGCUUCAUCCAGCUUAUGCGGGAGAAGCACGGCACGCUGCUGCGCGCCUGGAGGGUGGAGCUGAACAAGGAUGGCAACGCCUUCCUGACCUACCCCGAGUUCGCCGAGGCUUGUCGGAACCUGGGGGUCGCGAGCCAGGGCCGCAGCUUCUGGCAGUCCAUACACCCGACCGGCCAGAUCAAGGACACCAAGCUCUCGCCGAUGACCUUCAAAGACUUCUCGACGGAGGAGGCACAGAACCUGCAGGACUUUGCGGACGGUCUCUGGGAGACGGUCGCCAUGGAUUUGGAUGCGGCUUGGAGAAUUCUGGACGCCAAGAAGAUCAAGUUCAUCUCGGCCGAUUUCAUUAACGCCUUGCCGAAGCUCGGCUACAGGGGCUCGAAACACAACGCCAAAUUCCUGUUCCGAGGCCUGGCCUCGGGCUUCGGCCACUCCCUGGGCCAGGCGAGGAUGGGCCGGCCGGACUUGGAUGUCCUCCUCGUGCUGACGGACCGCGGCCAGUGCUUGGACAACCUGCCUCCAGACAUGGCUGAACUGCACAUCUGGGUGAACAGGAAUCUUGGCGGCGCCGCGAAUUUCCUGGAGGCGAUGGAACUUACCGACAAGGAGACGGUGCAGGUCUACGACCUGGCAAAGGGGAUCCGGUUGCUCGGCUACCCCGGGAAUCACACGCAGACAGCCGCGCAUGUGGCCAGGUUCUGCCGGAACCAGGCUGGGACACAGCUGCGCGUCGAGGCGCUGUUAGAGCUGCUCCAGACGGGGCGGAAGCCGUCGAGCAAGCGAUCGGGCACGCCGCUGAACAAGAGGUCCGGCGCGGCGGCCCGACCACCGAGGCAGAUCUCGCGUGGCUCUCGCGGUGACCGCUGGGGCCGGAGCGCUGGGCCAGGAUCGCCGGGGUCGAGGCCUGUUCUGUUGGCUUGGAACACUGGUGGGACCAACCAGGCCGACGUCAACCGGAAACUUCCAGCCAGGUGCAGGAAGUAUUUCGGCGACGAUCCGGACAAGCCCGUGCGCGACCAGAUCCGAAAGCAUGUGGCCGCAAAAUUAGGUAGCCGCGCGCCUUCGCCGGUCCCUUCGACGGUGCCUUCGCCGGCGCCUUCGCCACGGCCGCGGUUGAGCCGCGUACACACCUCUGAAGGGCCACGCGCGGAGAUGUUGCAGGAGGAGGGGCUCCCGCGUGAAGGAGAGGAAGAAGAAGAAGAAGGCGCUGCUCCCGACCAGCAAUUUGACGACGAGCUGAGUGACGAUAGGACCGAGACCGAGUCCACUUCACAGGGCGACGACGUUGAAUCUACGCUCUGA